UAAAAUAUUUAUUGUACGAAUGAUGUUCCAUAGUUGCCUUCUUUUCCAGUAACCCCCCUCCCUCCCUCUCUUUUUCUCUGACUUCAUUCGAAGACAAAAUUUCAAUCCCGAAAGGUUUUUUUUUAUUAUUUACCCACGUUUUUGAGCGAUGGAAAAUGUCGCUUAACACAGAUCAAGCCCAAUUUAAGAAAUGACAAUACCACGUAACGCCUAUUUCAGUUUGGUACUCUUUUUUUCUUUCUAAUUCGACAUUAUUAACAAUAAAAGCGAAUCUAAUAACCACAAUUGCUGUUUGUAAAAUAAUUAACCCCCCCCCCUCCGCGCACCGACUGAGAUGUUUUGAAGAAAACCAACGAAGAAAGUUGGAUUUAUUCGUUCAAACACCAUGUAUCGUUCCCAGAGCUGGGCUAAUUGUUGGAGUGCAUCUGGACACUCUUUGAAAAAACUGGACUUUUAUUAUUAUAGAGUAAGGAACUUCUUACAGUGUAGUUACCACUUAACUAAUGUCAAACUGGUCAGAUCUUCAAGUGAAAAGAACAUCGGUCGUGGAGAGACGUUGUACCAAAAGCAUGCUGCUCUGAAGCUGAAAAGAACAUCCCCAUCUUAUAUCUUUAAUGAGGAUGUUGCUGAUAAAAUUGCUUUGAAAAUUAUGGAAACACGCAAGGCCAAAGAUACCCCUAUUAUUGAAUAUAAUCCUGGGCCGUGUUUGCUUACAAAGAAGUUGAUUAAAAAUGGUGCCAAAUCUGUGAUAGGAAUUGAAGCAAAAUUAGAUUUCCAACCAUAUUUACAAAAUACCAAACGUUUAUUCAGAAGCAAAUUCAGUUUCCACCUCUGGGAUCCUUACAUAAAUGUUCUAUUUGAUUCCAAGAGGAUGUCGAUUUACAUACUAAGGAAAAAGAGAGUUUUAAAGAAAUAAGGCAAAAAUCUUGGUGUGAAGAACCUUAUGCCAGUAUAUUUGGAAUCUUGACACCCAGCAAAGCAAGAUAUUUCAUAAGUUUAAUGAUUAACUGUCUUGGUACGAAAGAAAGUAUCUAUAGUUUGGGACGCCCAGAACUAUUUCUUUUGGUCCCUGCCCGUAAUUACAAAACGCUGAAUAUGAAGUUUCCCAAUACAAAUUACCUUUUCUACAGAAAAACAAGUUCUGUUUUAAAUUUAUUUUUUGACAUUGAAUUGCUGAUGGAGUUAAAAGUUUCUGAUGUGUUUCCACAUUUUGCUGUCCCCAGAAAGUUCCAAACUCCAUCAAAUUCACCUGUAACUGUGAAUAAAGAUUCAAUAUAUUUUAUCAAAAUCGUCCCUAAGCAAAUAAGAGAUGCAAUAUCAGAUUCUGAAACUUAUGCAAAGUUUCUCACCUUUUUGAACCAAGUUCUUCAGAAGCGAUCCAGUCGGUUGAUACCCAAAAUGGAAAGCUGGUUGCCAGGAUCUGGAGUUCAUUUAAUACGGAUGGGAUACACUAUGAUGCAUUUGAUAGGAGAAGUGUCUCCAGAGCAAUACUUAGAACUUUACUUGGAAUUACAGAAGUGGCCAGAGUUUCCAGAAUCAAGCCUGCAAGCAAUUCUAAUCCAUGCAACCCCAGAGAAAGAUACAGCAAGCGAAGAGUCUGUUUGAACAUAAUAUAAUGACUGCCGUACUAUUGUAAAACCUCCCUGCAUCAGUCUGGACACAUAGACACAUUGUUUACAGUAUGCCUGUCAUGCUUCUUGCUGUUUCCCCUUAUAUGACCUUCAUUAUAAUUCUUAUAAAAUUUCAAUCAAGCACAAUGAAAUUUGUUACAAGAGAAAUACUGAACUGGGUUUGUGGCGCAGGGCUUCAGUUCUGAUUCACAAUAGAACUCUUAGUAAUUUCAUGUUGGUAUGGUCAUGUGAUGAAGAAGUUCAUGUAGCCAUGUGGCUUCCAGUUUAAUCACACUACAUGGCAACUUAGGCAAAUGUGUUCUGCUGUAGGCCCUGGCUGACCAAUGCUUUGUGAGUAAAAUUU